AUGGGUGCUUUCGUCAGCUUACCUCAGAGCAGAGUUUCUCUCUCUUAUUCCAUUCAUUUUAUCCCGCCAAAAGUUCAUCGCCUUAUCACCAUGUUCCUAUUCACUAUACAAAAUCGCAACACAUUUCUUCUUGCCCUUCCUACUCUUCUCAGUUUUCCUAUAUCUUCUAAUUCUCAAAUCUCUUCUCCCAAUCCAUAUCCGGGACCGCGGGUUGAUCAUUGCGCAUUCGCCUACAAAAACCGCUUUUACGUAUAUGGUGGUGUGGGCAAUGUAAAUGAGGGCAAUGAUAACCAUUCCUACUUCAGUUACACCAAUACGCCCUUCCAUAUAACAGAUCCCAAAUGGACUUCUCUGCCAGUAGCAAAGGCCACAAAAGUUAGUCGGCCAGCGUGCUCUGUUACAUCAGAUGGUAUCUUAUACGUGACUGGCGGAGCAGAUCCAAGCGAUAAUAAGUAUGCCGGCAUUCAAUCGUUUGAUUUGAAAAAAAGUGCUUUGGGUUUCUGGGACACACCAAACACUAGGGGAUUAAAUACGAGUCAACAUUUGUCACAUCGACGUGGCCACAAGUCCAUUGUCGUAAAAACGUUAUCGGAAGAAGUGUUGUUUAUCUUUGGAGGGUCUGAGUCGAACGAUGCGUUUAUUUUAAAUGUAAAAAAUUCAACUUGGGAGGCUGUACAUACAGGGCCUGACGCUCCACCAUCCAUGGGCGCAUUCGCCAUAACUUCCUCUAAAGAUAAAAUCUAUAUCAUUGGUACUCCCACCGAAGAGUCUGGCAGAAACCUGUGGGCAUUCAAUAUUCCAAAGAGGAGCUGGUUUAAUCCGCAUAUUACCGUGGAUAUUCCUAUGAAUGUCCACGUUGAGUGUGCAGGGACACUUAACAAUACGAUUUAUUUGAUUGAUUCGGGUAAUUCGUCAUUAAUGUGGAAAUGGAAUUUGGCUGAUAAGAGCACAACACGCUUUACGCCGGAUCGUACUGGGGCUGGCCUGCAGACUUAUAACUAUGCUUUUGCACAGUUGCCUGGCAGCGAUGUUUUUAUUACCUAUGGCGGGAAAACCGGGGUCAAAGCAACCGAUAGCUUAGCCGCAUUCAACAUGACCCAAAAUGUUUGGGUCACUCAAGUCAACAACUUAACUAAUAUACCCAACAAUCAGGACCAUUAUUAUUAUGGGCUUCUUGCACCUGGUCAAGAAGAUUCAUUCCUGAAACCACCACUACCACAAAAGAUAACUGCGGAAUAUGGAGCGAAUCUGAAAUAUUCUGAUCAUACCAUCUUUAUCUGCGGACUUUUAAUACUAGCAGUGGUCAUACUAGUGACGGUGGUCAAGGUCAUAGUUUCACGCUUGCUUUUGUAUAGACGGAAAGAAUAUAAAAAAAAGGAGGAGGAGCUGACCAUAGUGGAAACUUGUGGGGCUUUUGGAAGCAACACUGAAACUGGUUCUCAGAGGGACAGUGUGACUUAUCGACCACCCAAUUUUGAAGCGUCUGAUUUUCGAUGCGAACAUUACUCGAUUUCGUCAGACACAGUUUCGGUUCCCGACUUUCAAAUAUCUGCAACUUCACGCCUUACGGUGAAACUGAACUCUACUCCCCCUACUCCAUCGUCAAUUGUAAGCGAGCUCCGUCGACAUAAAGUGACGUCCAUGACAUCCGAAUCUUCAUCUACUUCGAUUUCUCCGUCGGCUCCAGAAGGUGCUAUUCUAGAUAAGUACAAACUCAAGGGGGAGCCAGCAUUCGGCGUCAGCAAAUCCGUUUGUUAUGCAAAGGAUGAGACUGUGAAUGAAGACGUGAUGGUAAAGUUUUUCUCAGACUAUGAUUCAUUCGAUCGCGAAGUUAUGAUGUUAAAGUUUCUUCGAUCGAAAUUCGUUGGUGCAUUGCGCGGCGACGUAUUCCAUGUUUCCGAUGCUGCUGAUUGGAAAUAUGCUAUGAUCAUGGACUAUUAUCCUAUGAGCUUGGAUAACCUUAUCGUUAGCAGAACCGAGACUAUGGAUGAAUUAUGCGUGAAGAUAGUGGUAAAGUCAUUAGCACAAGCAAUACAGUAUGUUCAUAGUCACGGAAUAGUGCAUCUGGAUAUUAAGCCGGGAAACUUUGUACACGAGGUUGGAGACGUGAACAAAUGGAGAUUGAUUGAUUUCGAGGCGGCAAGGGUUGACGGAGAAGAAGAUGUUUAUAAGAGUACAUUAAGAUAUGCUCCGCCCGAACUAAUCAAUGUGGAUGCAUUGCGUACUAGUAUUAAAGCAGAUACAUCGAUGGACAUGUGGUCGUUUGGGUGUACAAUAUAUGAGUUGUAUACUGGAAGUCCUCUGUUCUUAAAUGAUCAGGAGGCUACUGCUAAAUUAUUGGACGCAUAUUAUACGCGGCGCUUUGAAUUUCCUGUUAAAAAAGUGCCUGACGUUCAGGCACAGCAUGUACUUGAGAAGUUGUUAGUCAUUAAUCCUCUGAAGAGAGCUUCAGUUGAGGAAAUUUUAAGAGGAGCAUAUUUGACUGGUGGUGCUGAUAGCGCUCAGAUAUACGAGAUGCAGUCAGAAUCCACCGAGAGAAUCAUCAACACCCUAAACCAGAAUACAAACGUUGUUCUUUCCAACAUGCAAGAGGCCACUAAUAUGAUAUUGUCACAAUUCGAUGUGGUCGUGAAUAGUAUAUCUGAUACUAGAGAUGCGAGCGUCCCCCGCUUGUUCAUGUUAUUACCAGGAAAAAAGCCUCACUCAGUGUUCAAGCCAAAGGCUUGGGGAAAGAAUACAUUCGUAGUCCACAUUCUUUGUGAAGGUCAUGCUUCUGAUAAUAGCAAAGCCCAUUUCACUGACCAUCCUGGCUACAUGAUACUUAAUCCGAAACCGUUUCUUGCCAAGGUUGGCCCAUACCUCUGUAUCUUGGCCACUCUCAUAGGCUCGGCUGUCAGUUUAUUUACAGGACUGCAACUGUCGGACAAAAUAACAGCCAAUAUAUCAUCUGGCCCUAUUGAUUACUUUAGAAAAAUAGGCGAAGUUAUUGACGCAAUAGAAACGGAUGGGUCUGUUACAAGAGAUUUAGCAGCAGUUCAGAACGAUCCACUCAAUAAGAUGAUAUCAGCGCAAGGCCCUGCACUGCGUGAAUUUAAAGCGUUCCUGUCUGAUAACGAUCCUUUGCGCGAAUUCGGUGGAUUGCAUCGUAUUACCAUGAGUGAUGGACGAUGGCGAUGGGUUUGUGAUAGUUGCAAGGAAAGAGCACAUGGAAACCACGGAUAUUAG